UGGUCAGCCCACCAAUUAGUAAAUAAAUAGAACUAAACUAACCGACUUGGCGGUGAUAUUUCCAUGUUGGGCGUAAAUCAAUCAACGGGCUGUAUUAAUUUAGUCACUCGGUGCCUGUGACAGAUCCGGACAAUGAUCAAAGUCAGCUAGUAUGGCGCGAAUCACGAGUAUCCUGGACUUGGAUCCCAGUUCUAUAUUGCACAUUCUAAAGCUUCUGAGUUUGGAGGACCAGUUGCACCUGGCGCGUUGUUGUCGUCUCUUCAGGGACGCCUUCCUCCACCUGCACCGCCACCAUUUCCAGGCGGUCAUCGACAAGGACACCAGUCUGCGGUCUCUCGAGGAUUGGCACACCUUUCUGUGGCUCUGCGGCGGUCGCAUCCGCACUUUGGAGUCCCAUUUCGACGACGAUCAUCCGCUGCAAUUGCUGCCGCUGAUCAGCAGGCACUGCUACCGACUGGAGGGCAUCUCCAUAUUCAACGCCACGGUGGCCCGGGCGCAACCGUUUCUGCUCCGGAUGAGUUCGCUGCGGAAGGUGCAUGUGCGGAACUACAAGAGCACCAGCAAGGAUCUGGUCAGGGCCAUAAGGAUUCACCUGCCAAGGGUCACUAGUCUCAGCCUGGAGAGCUUCGAUCGCAGGGAGUUACAAGAAGUGCGGCACUUCAGCGAGAUGCUGGAACUGGGUCUGUACGACGAGGUCACCGCCUCGGAAUUAGCCACCAUUGUGAAACCCAUGCGACAACUUCGCUGUCUCCAGAUGCGCAACGCCAGGCGCUCACUGACCACCAGCAAUCUGCGGAUGCUGGCCACCAACUGCCGCCAGCUGGAGAAGCUGACGUUCAACGACUGCGAGGCCAAUCUGUUGGUCCUGCCGCAGUUUGCGAACCUCAAGUACCUGCAAAUAUACUGCCCGGAGGAUAUGAAGACGGGGCUUUUUGGGGCCCUGGCCACAAGUCAGUGCUCCACGCAGCUGGAGUAUCUCAUUCUGCACCGCAAGCGUUGGAUUGACGAGGAGCAGGCGCAGUACAUCAGUUUUUUGAAGGCGCUGCGCUGGCUGGUCUGCAAACCGCGAGACGAUCUCUGUGUUCGCCACCUUGCCGAGUUGCGACACCUGGAGUGCCUUUCGCUGCAGGCCGCUCGGGAAAUCGGGGAAACGCAGCUCUCCCUGCUGGUGGCCAACAACGAGCGGCUGCGGUAUCUGAACAUCUGCUAUUGCCUGGACAUCACGGACGCCUUCGUUCUGAAUACUCUGGGCAGUCUGUCCAGACGGGCGGUUCAGCAACCUCUGGAGCUAUUUGCUGCGGCCACCGACAUCAGGCAUGACAUCAUGGAGCGGCUGCCCCACGAUUUUCCACUGAAAAUGCUCUGCCUGAACUUUGAGUGCAGCGAUGGAAUGUCUAGUGGCGAACAUUCUUAUGCCGACGAGCCUGAAUUUCUUUGAGGCCUUGUUCGACCCACAACGAAUGUUUCUUUAAUCAUUACCAAAAAUCCAAACUAAAUUAUACAUCUUUAUAAUACAGCUUUAUUCGUGAUCGUACCACUUUGAGUGGUAUUCUUUUGUUAUUGCACAACCAAUGUAUUCAACUUUUUCACUGCAUAAUUAAAAACAAUUUUAUCCAGAUUACUAAAA